GCUGUAGAUUAAAACACAGGUGUGCGAGGGGUCGAUGUUAAAUGGUCUUUGAAUACGUAAAUUGCGCUCACGGUAGGACCGUGCAUAUCGCCAUAGAUUGGAGCCGCGCUCACAGCUCGUAGACGUUCGGUUUAUUUGAAUUUCGAAUACUGUUUAUUCCAAUACUUUCAAAUAUUAAGUGUUAAAUUAUUUUUAAUUUUAUUUAAUAAGUGGCCAGUGUGUUUUGGAAUCAUCGAAAUUGGACUGUGACGAAUGAAUUAGCAACAUGACCCUCUCAACCAGCCGGCAGCAGUUCCUGGCUUACGAGUCUCAAACACCAGAAGCCAUUCAAUAUGGCAGAAAAGGAGGAAUAUUUGUGUCCUAUUGCGUCUGCGUCACUUUAGUACUGUUUUGUAUUAUAAUUGGAGUGAUUGUGGGCGUUAUUGUUCAUUUCCUCACUUACAUAAAGCUUUCACAACAACCAGUAGACUUUUGGGAUGAAAUGGAACCAUUUGGUCAGUCAGCGUCUCCAUCACCAGACCUCAGACUACCAACUCAAGUAGUGCCAAGCUUCUACAGACUGAAACUCAAAGCUGACUUAGACAACUCAACAUACUCUGGCGACGUAUUCAUAACGAUACAGGCGAGCAGAAGUGUGAAAGAGAUUAUUUUACAUUCUAAGAAUCUUACAAUAAGCAGUGCCAAGCUUACGGAGCAAAUAUAUGAGAAAGUUGAAACUGUACAUGGGAAAGUCAAACGUGAUGUGAGUGAAGCUACUACGGCUCCACCAGAAAAUGUAACGACAACUGAAGUCCCUACUACGGUAGAGGUUGACCAGAAUGCAACAGUAGCUAAUGUUACCGAGUCUAUAGCAGCUGUCUCCAAUGAUACAGUUUUAAGAACAGUGACCACAGCUGUACCUGAGCCCGUUGAUACUGAGAUCACCCGCAGUGCUGUACGGAGUAUUAAAAUAGUAUCAAUUGUAGAAGGGACUGGAGACAGGCUGCUUCUGCUGCUGGAGACGGGGCUGAAGGCUGAUGUGGACUAUAUACUACAGCUCUCCUUUGAUGGAUUCAUCUCUAACUCUCUUACUGGAUUUUAUAAGAGUACUUACAUUAAUGAUAAGCAUGAAGUCAAAAACCUUGGAGUCACACAAUUCGAGCCAACAUCAGCUAGGUCUGCAUUCCCUUGCUUCGAUGAACCCGCGUUCAAGGCCAAAUUCGAAAUCAGCAUCGCUCAUCCAGAGAACAUCACUGCGCUGUCUAACAUGAAGGUUGUGACUCAGGAACCUAUCCCCGAGCAGCCCGGCUGGCAGUGGACCCACUUCGACAGAUCAGUUCGUAUGUCAACCUACCUCGUCGCAUUCGUCCUAUCUGACUUCAAAUCCUUAGACACCAACUACACGAGCAAAGACAACAAGACCAUUCCCAUCAAGAUCUGGACGCGUCCCGAACUGGUGGCUAAAGCCAAGUACGCCGCGUCCAUAACGCCAAAACUCCUUGCGUACUAUGAAGAAGUGUUCGGAGUACCAUAUGCCUUGGAUAAGAUGGACCUGAUCGCGAUACCUGACUUCUCAAGUGGAGCUAUGGAGAACUGGGGUCUUGUGACAUUUAGAGAAACAACCCUCCUGUUUGAUGAAGCGGAGAGCGUGCCCAGAGACAAGCAGAACGUGGCCAUAGACAUAGCGCACGAGCUCGCUCACCAGUGGUUCGGUAACCUGGUCACCAUGAAGUGGUGGACCGACCUCUGGCUUAACGAGGGAUUCGCGACCUAUAUCGAGUAUGUGGGGGUUGAUCAUGUGGAACCCGAAUGGAAGAUGUUCGAAUCCUUCUCCCGAGACAAAAUGGACCUCCUUCGUUCAGACGCCUUGAAGAACACAUCUCCCGUGUCUCGUAUAGUUAACGAUGCUUCGGAAAUAUCGCAGAAGUUUGAUGAGAUAUCGUACACAAAGGGGGCCAAUCUCAUACGUAUGCUGAACCACACGAUAUCUGAGGACUUGUUCCAUAAAGGAUUGGUGGUUUAUUUGAAUGAUUGGAAGUUUGCAAACGCCGAAGAGAAUGACCUAUGGUCAGCGAUGGCUAAGGCCACAAUAUCGGAGCCUACCCUAAAGGACCUCAAUGUGGUGGACUUCAUGAACUCCUGGACCAAGCAGGCUGGUUACCCCGUAGUCAAGGUUAAUAGGAACUACGCGACUGGGAAAAUUGAGUUUGAACAGCGCCUAUUCUCCUCAGCCAAAGAGCCCUACCCGAAGAUGGUGGAGCAGCUGUGGCACAUCCCCAUCAGCUACGCCGUGGUGGAGGCCCCCCCUCACACCUGGAGCAGCCAGCCCAGGACCUGGCUCAAGGGACGGUUCAGCAUUGUGGACGACCAGAUCAAUGACACUCAGGCGCUAUAUGUCAAUGUUGAUGCUAUUGGAUACUACAGAGUUAACUACGACAAGAAGAACUGGGAACUUCUCAGCGAGGUCUUAAAAGCCGGUCAAAUACAGUCACCUAUAACCAAAGCACAGUUAAUCGACGACGCGUUUAACCUCGCCAAAGUCUCUCAGUUAAACUACAGUUAUGCGUUAGGUUUAACCACCUACGUGAUAAAUGGUGAAGAUUCUAAGUUAGUCUGGGACUUACUGCUCAAUAAUAUGGCCUUCUUGAGGUAUAAUUUGAGAUCUACGUCCGGAUAUGUUUAUUUCCAGGACUACAUGAGAAUAAUCCUAGCUACGCAGUUAGAACGCGUGAACUACGGCCUCCGCAAGCCGAAGGACGACAACGAAGCCUUCCUCAUCGAGAACCUCGUCAUGUGGGAGUGCUACGUGGAGUCCCCGCGAUGCCUCGCCUGGGCCCGGGAACAGUUCGACAGCUGGAUGAAGCAGGACGACCUUACUAAUAACCCCAUCCCUAGCUACCUGCGCUCGCUGGUGUACAGCAUGUCGCUGCGCGGGGGGGGGCGGCGGGAGUUCGACUUCCUGUGGGGCGUGUUCCAGAACUCCAGCGACCCCAACGUCAAGAGCCUCGUCAUCAACUGUCUGCCCAGUACGCGCGAGGAGGCGCUCAUCACCAUGUUACUAGAAAAGUCUCUAACCGAGAUACCAAAGCAGUACGCGGUAGCUGCCUGGAGCGUGGAGCCACCGCUAGGGUCCAGGAUAGCGCAACAGUUCCUCAUAGACAGGUUCGACGAGGUCUACACCAAGUUCACUGACAUGGACUCGUUCAUGUUCCCCGCUGUGCUCAGCGGGUCCUUCGGGUUCAUUACUACGGAGGAUGAGCUGGAUAGGUUGAAGAGUUUCGCGUUAGAACACAAGGCGCAGCUGCUGCCGAUGUCGCAGACGCUGCAGAAGCUGGUGGACACGGCCGAGCUGCGGAUACAGUGGGUGCACAAACACGCCGACGAGAUCAACCUGUGGUUCAAGGACUUCGUUACUAACUACAACGCCACGUCGCCCGCCCCGGCCGGCGCGCCGCCCGCCCCGGCCGGCCCCGCCCCGCCCGUGACGUCACCAGUGCCGCGCCCGCCGCCUAGGGGGGGGGGAGGGGUGGCAUACUACUGGGUAUUAAGAUAUUAG